AUGGGUCGGCACGAGGAAGAGGGCACUGAAGUAAGGAAGGAGAAGAAGGAAAAGAGCAAGCACAAACAUAAAGAUAAGGACAAGGAGAGAGAAAAAUCCAGCAAGUACAAAGAUAAGAACAAUUCUGACGGAACUGUAGCAAAGGCGGAGCCUGAGCAGAAUGGCGACACGUCAAAUGGACUUCCCUUACCACCACGAUCAGGAGAAAAGAGCAGGGAAAAGAGCGACAGGCAGCCCAGAGAAAAGAGCAGGGAGACAGAAUCAGAGGUGGACAAGGAAAGCAGGCGAGACAGGGAUAGCAGGAGAGAACGGGACGGGGACAAGGACAGGGAAAAGGACAGACACAGGCACAGGGACAGGGACAGAGAUCGGGAAGAAGGCAGCAAGAAGGGUGAGAAGGAAGGCAGGAGGGACAGGGACGACGAAAGGGAUAAGGAGGAGAGGCGAAGGCACGACAAGGAUAGGGACAGGGAUAGAAAGAAGGUUGACAGGAAGGAGGAUGGCCAUAGGAGCGAGCGCAGGGACAAGGAAGAGCACAGCAGAGGCGAAAAGGCUGCAGACGCUGACAAGGAUGACAGGGGCAAAGCUGCAGCGAAGCCCUCUGUUGCAGCUGAUCCUGAAGGGGAUUUCAUGGAGGAGGAUCUGCCUGGGCCACCAUCAGGACCAGUUCCAGUCCCAGAGGAGCCAGCAGCAGCGUCUUCUGUCCCAGAGGAGCCCUUCGUGCUGGACGUCAAGCCUCAGGUGCAGGAGUCCGGCGGAGAGAUCUCCAUGAGUAUUGAAGAGACCAACAGGGUGCGGGUCUCUCUGGGGCUGAAGCCGCUGGUGAUGGAGAGCGAAAGGGAGCAGCGGCAGAAGGAGGCGCUGGCCAGGGAGGCCAAGAGGGCCGAGGAGGAGAAGGAGGCCAAGGCUGCUGAGCUGGCUGAGCGCAUCAAAGCGCAGCGAGAGAAGCGGCUGGAGGAUGAGAAGCUGCGCAAGGUGAAGACGCUGGGAGCGGCGGCCGAUGACGUGGACGAUCUGGGCGCCUGGGUCAGCAAAAGCCGCGCCCUCGAAGAGAAGGCCAAGGCUGAGGCGCGCGCCAAGGCCCUCAAGCAGGCUCGCGCUCUCGAGGAGCAGGACGAUGAUUUUGAGGAGUCGGACGAGGAGGACGGCGCGCCGCUGCGCAACGCCAAGGAGCUGGCCGGCAUGAAGGUGAAGCACAAUGCGGAUGAGCUGGCGGAGGGAGAGACGGUGAUCCUGACGCUAGCGGACCGCAACAUCCUGGAUGACAAGGGCGACCUCGACGAUGACGCCGACGAGCUUGAAAACGCCCUUGUGAUAGAGCAGAAGAAGCGUGAGAAGGCGCGGCGAGCGGCGGGGAAGCAGCACAAGCCGCUGUUCGGCGAGGACGGUGUGCAGCGGGGCAUGCUGGACAAGUACGACGAGGAAGAGGAGGAUGCAGGCAUGGAGAUCGACGAGUCUGGGGCGGUGAAUGAUGAGAAGGCUCGCAAGCAGGCCGAGAUCAAGGCCAAGCUGGCCGCAGCCCAGCAAAGCGCAGCAGGGACUGCUGUUGCUGGGUACGACGCGCGCUCCGAAUACUUCACCAAGGAGGAGAUGGCCGAGCUGUUCAAGCCCAAGAAGAAGAAGACAAAGAAGAAGCUUCGCAAGAAGGAAGCGAUGGAGGACCUGAGCUUUCUGGAGGCAGAAGCCGAGGUGGCGGCUGCGGCCGGCGUUGCCGACCACGGUUCCCGCGGCAGCCGCGCUGGGCCGGCCGAGACGGCCGAGGCGAAGCGUGCGCGCGAAACCGCCAUCAAGGAUGAGAGGUACAAGGCGGCGCUGGAGAAGGCAAACUAUGCCUCGCUGGCGCUGAAGGAGGAUCCUGGGGAGGAGAGAACGCUGGGAGAGGACGAGGAGGAGCUGCAGGCGGUGCUGGCGCGCGCGCGGCGGGCGGCAGCUGCCAAGAAGGAGGAAGCUGCCGCCGCGGCCGAGGGGCCCGGCGUUGCGCGCAUUGCGGAGCAGGCUGCCGCCCGACGCGCCGCCGACGAGGCGCAGCGAGCCGCUGAUGCUGCCGAAGGCGAGGACAUGGCGUUCACGGAGGCGGCCGAGUUUGCGCGAGGAAUCACAGUGGAGGCGGCAAAGGAGCCGGCCAGCGCUAGGGAGUCCGACUCGCACAUGGGCAUUGGCGAUGACGUGACGCAGCCAGAGCCGCUGCCUAAAAAGGUCCCCAAGCCAGAGCCGGCCGCGGCCGGCGGCUGGGUGGCGGCCGGCGCUGACGCUGACGAGGACGCUGACGUGGACAUGGCGGAUGCUGGCGAGGACGAUGACGACGCGGCGGCCGCGCCGGGAGACUCGGUUACUCGGGAGCGCGCCAUCGGCACAGGUCUGGGCGCGACGCUGGCGCUGCUGUCGGAGCGCGGGGAGCUAAACGACACGAUCCAGUGGGCAGGCCGCAAUAACGACGUCAUGGCAGCCCAGCAUCUCACGCGCAGCGGUCAGCUCAAGGACGUGUACAGCGGCGGCCGGCAGAGCAGCGCGCUCGAGGAAAAAAUCGAGCGCGCGCUGACUCAGCGGGACGAGUUCGGCGACAUCAUGACGCCCAAGGAGCGCUUCCGCCACCUGUGCUACGGGUUCCACGGCAUAAACCCGUCGAAGAACAAGCAAGACAAGCGAUUCAAGAAGAUCGCGGAGGAGCGCGAGAAGAAGAAGCGGCUGAUGGGCGCCGGGGAUGACUCAGACAACCCCGCCGCGCGCAUGCACGCCGUGCAGGAACAGACCGCCACACCCUACCUGGUGCUGUCGGGUAAGGUGAAGCCGGGCCAGUCGAGCGACCCUGCCUCUGGCUUUGCAACUGUGGAGAGAGACCCCAUCGCCCUCACGCCUGUGCUUGGCGGCAGCCAGACGCCUCUCACCGGCAACCGAAAGGUUGAAGCUAUGCUGGGGUUGAAGAGGCCGCGCGAUGGAGAAGUAAGUAUGGCGCCACCGCCGCCUCGGAAGCCCAGGACGUGA